UGGAGAGCUGCGGUGGCUCGGCAAGUUGGUCCCGAAGGCUCCUGCUCAGGAAGUCCAGGGAGGAGCAGUGGAAUCACUUUUUCAUGGGGGACCACUUUGAGAAGGGCCAGCAGCACACUCUACUCAAUGAAGGUGAAGAGAAUGAGAUGGAGAUAUUUGGCUACCAGACUCAAGGCUGCCGGAAAACCCUCUGUCUUGCUGGAUCCAUCUUCUCAUUUGGGAUCCUCCCCUUGGUGUUUUACUGGAGACCUGCUUGGCAUGUGUGGGCAAACUGUGUCCCAUGUUCCUUACAAGAGGCAGAUGUUGUGUUGCUGAGGACAACGGAUGAAUUCCAAAUUUACUCACGGAAAAAGGUAAUGUGGAUCCACCUGUCAUCAUUAAACAGCGAGUUAGGUGUCACUCCUGACCACCCUGUCAUUACAGAUGAGGAGUACAUCAUAAAUAGAGCCAUCAGAAAGCCAGACCUAAAGGUGAGAUGCAUAAAAGUGCAGAAAAUAAGAUAUGUUUGGAACAACUUAGAAGGACAGUUCCAGAAAAUUGGUUGUUUGGAAGACUGGCUCAGUUCUGCCAAGAUACAUCUAAAAUUUGGAUCAGGUCUAACAAAAGAAGAACAAGAGAUUAGGAGGUUAAUAUGUGGGCCUAAUACUAUUGAUGUUGAAAUCACACCAAUUUGGAAACUACUCAUCAAGGAGGUUUUAAAUCCAUUUUACAUAUUUCAACUCUUCAGUGUCUGUUUGUGGUUUAGUGAAGACUAUAAGGAAUAUGCUUUUGCCAUCAUAAUUAUGUCCAUCAUGUCCAUAGCUUUGACGGUCUAUGAUCUCAGAGAGCAAUCUGUAAAACUUCACCGCCUAGUGGAGUCACAUAAUAGUAUUACAGUCUCUGUAUGUGGGAGAAAAGCUGGAGUCCAAGAGCUGGAAUCACGCUUCCUGGUACCUGGAGAUCUAUUAGUUUUGACGGGGAACAAAGUGCAAAUGCCAUGCGAUGCCAUCCUGAUUGACGGCAGCUGUGUGGUAGAUGAAGGCAUGCUGACAGGAGAAAGUAUUCCAGUGACUAAAACUCCAUUACCCAAGACAGAGAGCUCUGAGCCCUGGAAAAUGCAGAGUGAAGCAGACUAUAAACGACAUGUCCUCUUCUGUGGGACAGAGAUUAUCCAAGCCAAGGGAGCCUGUUCUGGGUCCGUGAAAGCGGUGGUGCUGCAGACUGGAUUCAACACUGCAAAAGGUGACCUCGUGAGAUCCAUUCUCUACCCAAAGCCAAUGAACUUUAAGCUCUACAGGGACGCCAUCAUGUUCCUCCUGUGCCUUGUGGGGACAGCAACCAUCGGGAUGAUCUAUACUUUGUGCGUCUAUGUGCUCAGCGGGGAGCCUCCAGAGGAGGUGGUGAAGAAAGCCCUCGAUGUCAUCACAAUUGCGGUGCCUCCUGCUCUGCCUGCUGCUCUGACCACGGGCAUUAUCUAUGCCCAGAGGAGGCUGAAGAAGAGAGGCAUCUUUUGCAUCAGCCCACAGAGGAUCAAUGUAUGUGGACAAAUAAACCUCGUUUGCUUUGAUAAGACAGGCACCUUAACAAGGGAUGGUUUGGAUCUCUGGGGAGUCGUGCCCUGCGAUAGGAGUGGCUUCCAUGAAAUCCACAGCUUUGCCUCAGGCAGGUCUUUGCCAUGGGGCCCGCUGUGUGCCGCCAUGGCCAGCUGCCACUCUCUGAUCCUUCUCGAUGGGACCAUCCAGGGAGAUCCUCUGGAUCUCAAGAUGUUUGAAGCCACCACCUGGGAGAUGGCUAUUUCUGGGGACGAUUUCCACAUCACGGGAGUGCCAGCACAUGCCAUAGUAGUUAAGCCCUGCAAAACAGCCAGCCAGGUCCCAGUGGAAGGAAUUGCAAUCCUGCAUCAGUUCCCAUUCUCAUCAGCACUGCAGAGGAUGACAGUCAUUGCCCAAGAGAUGGGGGGUGACAGGCUGGCAUUCAUGAAAGGUGCACCAGAAAGGGUGGCCAGCUUUUGCCAACCUGAGACAGUACCAACUAGUUUUGUUAGCGAACUUCAGAGUUAUACAACACAGGGCUUCCGGGUGAUAGCACUGGCCUACAAGAAGCUAGAAAUGGAUCAUCACAGCACUGCCCUGACAAGGGACAAAGUAGAAUCAGACCUGAUAUUUCUGGGAUUGCUGAUCUUGGAGAAUCAGCUGAAGGACGAGACAAAACCUGUUCUGGAAGAACUCAUCUCAGCCCGGAUAAGGACUGUAAUGGUCACAGGUGACAAUCUUCAGACUGCAAUAACAGUGGCCAGGAAGUCUGGAAUGGUUUCUGAAAACCAAAAAGUCAUUCUCAUUGAAGCAAAUGAAACCACUGGGUCCUCCUCAGCAUCUAUAACUUGGAAAUUAGUAGAGGAGAAGAAACAGAUUUCAUAUCGCAAUCAGGAUAAUUACAUUAAUAUCAGGGAAGAUGUCUCUGAUAAUGACAGAGAAGGAAGUUACCAUUUUGCCUUAAGUGGAAAAUCUUUUCAGGUUAUAAGUCAACAUUUUAGCAGUCUACUACCAAAGAUACUGAUCAAUGGGACCAUCUUUGCAAGAAUGUCUCCUGGGCAGAAAUCCAGUCUGGUGGAAGAAUUUCAGAAACUGGAUUACUUUGUAGGUAUGUGCGGUGAUGGGGCCAAUGACUGUGGGGCUUUGAAAAUGGCUCACGUGGGCAUCUCUUUAUCAGAGCAAGAGGCAUCUGUGGCCUCCCCUUUCACUUCGAAAACUCCAAACAUUGAGUGCGUACCUCACCUUAUCAAGGAAGGACGUGCAGCUCUGGUUACCUCAUUUUGCAUGUUUAAGUACAUGGCUCUGUACAGCAUGAUUCAGUAUGUUGGUGUUCUGCUGCUCUACUGGGAGACAAACAGUCUUUCAAAUUACCAGUUUCUGUUCCAGGAUCUGGCCAUCACAACUCUUAUUGGCAUAACAAUGAAUUUGAAUGGUGCCUACCCCAAGCUGGUGCCUUUCAGGCCUGCAGGAAGGCUGAUCUCCCCACCUCUGCUGCUCUCUGUGAUUUUCAACAUUCUUCUCAGCCUGGCUAUGCACAUUGUGGGCUUCAUUCUGGUUCAGAGGCAGCCUUGGUAUUCCAUGGAGAUGCACAGUGUCUGCACACUACAAAAUGAAAACAUCUCAAAGUUAAUUAUUUCUCCAACUGCUCCAGAAAAAAUUGGAAAUAAUGGUGCCUUCACAAGCUUUGAGAACACUACCAUAUGGUUCUUAGGAACAAUCAACUGUAUCAUUGUGGCUCUUAUUUUCUCUAAAGGAAAACCGUUUAGGCAGCCCAUCUAUACAAACUAUAUAUUUGUCCUUGUGCUGGUCCUACAACUGAGUGUGUGUCUGUUCAUUCUAUUUGCUGAUAUUCCAGAAUUAUAUAGGCGUUUGGAUGAGGCCAUCAUUGAAAAUAGAGCCCUGUGGAUGACAUUCAAAAGGUGUUUUGGCUAUCAGUCAAAAAGUCAGUAUCGGAUAUGGCAGAGAGCCUUGGCAAAUGACCCUAGUUGGCCACUAUUAAACAAAACAUCUUACUCUGACAUGCCAGGGUGUGGAAGAGGAGUGUCUUAUAGCAAUCCAGUGUUUGAGAGCAAUGAAGAACAACUCUGAAGCCAGUGCGAUAUACAAGUUAACAAAACAUGGAAAUGAUGACAGAGAGCAGUUUCAGUGAGUUUCAAGCAAUGAGACUCUUCUAAAAUCAGCUGGAGUUUCUGGAAUCAAAAACCUACCCAAUCAUGGUGACAAAUUAAAAACUUGAUAAAAUACUUUCUACAGAGCAGAACACUGCCCCAGAAGAGUGCUUUCCUCUUAGCUUCUGAAAAUAUUGACGGUGUUAGUGAAUCAAGAAUGGGGCCAAGGAUGGCAAUUGACCAAGAGAUUGGGAAGCUAAUGGACAAAGAGAAUAUAUAAUCUUUCUUCUUAGAUAACAUAUUUUUUAAAUGAAUUGAGAGAAAGUAGUACUAUGUGUAGUCAUAGAAUUGUAACAUGCAAAAGAUCCCUUUUGAAUUUGUGUUUUGUUGGUGGAAAAACAAAUGCAUGGGAGACAUCACACCAAUCUUCACUGUCCAGUUUCCUUUCUUUUAUAGUACUUUCAGAGUUGAGACAAUUCCCUCUGCCUCUGGCUUUCCCCUACAUAUUACUAAGGAUGGGCUAAGCUGAUGUUGCAAUAACAAACAACUCCCUUGUCUCAGUGGCUUGACACACAAGAACUUCUUUUAUGGUCCAGGUGACACUAGACUAGCUUUCUUCACAGUGCUGACUGCCUCAGUCUGUUGGCCCCACUGACUGAAAACAAGGACUCCACAUUCAUUGUGAUGGGGAAGGAAGAGUCUGGAGAUCACACAGGGCUUUCACCCCAAAACUGGAUGUAUUUCUUCCACUACUUGAAUCUCAUUCAUUAGGGAUUUGGCAAAGAAGUUGCGAAGUACAGUCACUUGUGUUUAGGGUUGGUUUCAUGGGCGUAUGACCUGUGUAGUCAUCUAGAUCCCCAUGCUUAGAAGGGCCCCACCUUUAUUUUAAUGCUUUGCUGUUGCCACCUUGAAAUUCUUAAUUUUGAAAUACCCACAUUUUCAUUUUGAAUUCAGCCCCACAAAUUAUGUAGUUGGUCCAGCUUGUAUUCUUAGGAAAGAAAGGAAAGUAGCACAUAUCAAAGAGCACAGACACUGUCCUCUAAGGUCUACAUCUCCUGCCCCUGUGAACAUUUCCUGUUUUAGGAACUCCACAUCUCACAUAUCCAACUUCAGGUAUUUCCACUCCUCUGCUCUAUUAUUUUUGAGAAAAGUUAGUCUUGUGCUACAACAUUAUAUGUUAUCAUUAACAUAAAUCCUUACACAAUCUACUCAUUUCUUAAGUCUGAGGCUUAAGUUUAUUUUCUGAAAAUAAAAAUGGCCCUUAUUUUUAUCACUCUUACAAUUUCAUUUUUUUUUAUUCAUUUAGCACAGAAAACACUAAGAUUUCUCUUAGUUCAGCAGACAACUCUGUGUUUUAGGACAAUUUCCACAAAUAGUAUUUUAAAGCAAAAGCAAAAUGUUCAUUACGAACAUCAAAUCCUAAGUGAAUGUUCUAGGCAUGUGUAGGUCCCAGGCUGGCUUUGUUACUUACUGGUAGCAUAUACAAGCAGACCCUUCCCUGGCUGAAUUCCUGGGGAUGGUUGGAGGCUCUGUGGCUAUAGAUAAUUCUGGGAACAUGGUUUCUAUCAGCCAUGAAAGUACCUUGUUUCUUCUGGUUUUAAAAUAGGGUGUGAAGAAUCAUUUAAAAUAGGCUGUAGAAUCAUUGUCUUCCUCUGUCCAGAAAGAAAUGUUUUCUUUUAUAAAGUUAGUCUCAGCAGUGAUAUGGUAGUUCUGAAUGUCUUUUUCUAAGACUCACAGUUUAUUCAUUUUUCAAGAGUGGAGGAUUGUGGACAGAACAAGCUGGAGAUGCUCUACAACCUGGUGACGGAGAAGAGCAGCAUGUGCAUUCACACCUUGAAGAGCCCCUUACCUGGUGCUCUUAACUUCAUUAGCUCAUUCAAAUUGCAUGAUUCUCUAUAGACUUAGGCAAGGAAGGACUUACCAUCUACUUUUACAGGUGAGAAAACGGAGAUACAGAGUAAGGCAAGCUGACCCAGGCCUUAGACAUAGAUCUUCAGAGCAAACCUUCUGUGGUUUCUAAAUAUCUCCUAAUUACAAAGCUCCGGCAGGGCAGGGUGUUUGAGGUGAUCUCACAGUCAAACAAAGACUGAGUUUCUUAAUUGCCAGGUGGAAGGAGGAACCUUUUGCUAAUACCAGGGCCUAAUGUUCAAAUGAAUACCAGGAAUCCUACCAGGCUUGGGCUAGAAGUAUGUUCAAUACAAAAUAAAACAAAAACCCAUGAGUGUUCGUCUGAGACUCUGAGUUGCUCUUAACUUGGUCCUAAGUCAUUCAGUCACUGAGGACUGAAUCUAUAAUCUUUGUCAAAAGGGACUUAUUCUGAAGACUACUUGAAAUUAAGUAUAUCUUAGAGGUAGUGAGAAAAUGCUUAACUUGGAAAAGCAGGGCUGGUAGGGUUAUUGUCUAGGAAUGUAAGAGUUGUUUUCAAAUACUUGAAGGGUUUCCGUGGGAGAGAAGCCUCCCACCUGUGCCAGGUGGCAUUAUCAGUGGGUAAAGGGCAUGGUGGGAAAGGCUUCAGGCUGACACAAAGACCCUGUCCCAACAGCACAAACGCAAGUGGAAUCUGGUGACCUCAUGGAGUGUGUGCCCCAUGUCACUGGAGGUGCAAAUGAUAUUCAAAGGCUAAUUAGAGAUAAAAGUCAAGUAUCAGAUAGAAUUCAAUUACCUGCAAGAACCCUUUCAGGCUUGAUAUGUCUAUGUCUCAAUUUUAUGCUAUGAUGUGAACCAUUCAUUGUUACUUGCCACAUAGACUAUCAGACUGCCUGUUGUGGGGAGAUGAGCUGGGGAGGACAGACUCCCAGCCCUGUGGGGUCCACAGUGUGGACAAAUGGGCUUGACUGCUCUGUGCCUUGGAAUGUGACUUUUGAUGGAGAUAAAAUUCUCGAAAAUAGGUGCCCGCUGAUGGGUCCUGACUGCCUAACUGACAGCUGGUGAAUACUUCUGUUGUAUGUGUUUUCAUAGAAAAAGAAGUUUGAAUAUUUCGGUAAAAGAAUAUGGGACAGUGCCCCAAACCUGAGGGUAGAGCACCUGCGCCCAAUACGCUUAUCUGACUAGAACUUGGAGGAGAAAAUGACACUCAUCUGACCCAAAUCAUUUAAGAGGUUCACCAUAUGUUUACUCCAAGGCACACAGCUCUGACCCAUAAGGAGGAACCCUGACUCUGGGCUCUUCUCACUAAACAAGUAAUGAUCUGAGAAUGGAAAUAUGUCUGUGCCAUCUGCGUCCUUAUGAGCUCACAGAAGUGUGAAUGUACACACUUGCAGAUGUGAAGACUGGGAAAGUGAUUAUUUAUUCAGAACCUUGUAUUUAGUUUAUGUUGUAAUAAAUUAUUCUUUACAAAAGAGGCAAGUAUAAUCUAUAAUUCUGGUGUUCUAAAAAUCAAUCUUUCUCCUUUACUGCAGUGAAAUCUUUCAUUCCAGCUAAUAAAAUGGUGUGGUCUACUCCAGUAAUGUUGAAGCAACAAAACAUCUUUAAAAAGUUCCAGGCAUUUCCUAACAGUAUAGACACUAUUAUUUCCUGUUUUGUAACUGGGCGUUUACAGUCUACAAAAUACUUUCAUACUUAUUCUCUUGUUUAAGCCUCAUAACAGUCAUAGAAGGAAGGCAAGACAAGGAUUACUAGCCUCCUUCUUUUGAUGAGGUACCAGACCCUCCAAAAGUCUCAGUACCUUGUCCAAGGACAUACUGGAACUAGAGCUGCAUUCAGAUGCAGAACUUCUACCCAUGAGUUUCCUGCUCUGUCACUCUCCCAUGAUGUUUCUCCUAGAUGAAAUGUUUGUAGCACUGAAAAACAAGGCAAGCAAGGCAAGGCAACUAUCCAAUGGAUUGCCAUCACACGUGUAAUUGCUUCCAAAAAGACGUUUUAGGUCUCAUAGACAUUCUCUUGAAUUUGAUCAUUGAUCACAGAAAAGGUCAACUCCUAUGGCUGAGGAGUAAAAUCAUAU